GUGUACAGGGGAAACCCCUCCGGCCGUGUCCCCGCCGGUAACCUGUCCUCUCCUUCCUCACAGAUGGCGGCCUAUUUCGGAUUCGCCGUCGCUGCCACGGACAUCAACGGGGACGACCUGGCGGACGUGCUGGUGGGCGCCCCGCUGUUCAUGGACCGCGGCGCGGACGGGAAGCUGCAGGAGGUGGGGCAGGUGCUGGUGGCGCUGCAGCGGCCGGCGGGCGGCUUCCGCACAGCCCGGCUCCACGGCUCCGAGGUCUUCGCUCGGUUCGGCAGCGCCAUCGCGCCCCUGGGCGACCUGGACCAGGACGGCUUCAACGACGUGGCCAUCGCCGCCCCGUACGGGGGUGAGGGCCGGAAGGGCGUCGUGUACAUCUUCAACGGCAGGGCCACCGGCCUGAACACGGCACCGUCCCAGGCGCUGGAGGGCCGCUGGGCCGCCCAGACCAUGCCGCCCAGCUUCGGCUACGCCAUGAAGGGCCAGACGGACAUCGACCGCAACGGGUACCCAGACUUGAUUGUGGGAGCGUUUGGAGUGGACAGAGCCGUGUUGUACAGAGCCAGGCCGGUCAUCACCGUCCACGCCAGCCUGGAGGUCUACCCGAGCAUCCUGAACCAAGACAACAAGACCUGCCCGCUGCCGGGGACGGACCUCAAAGUGUCCUGCUUCAACGUCAGGUUCUGCCUGCGGGCGGACGGCAAAGGCACACUCCCCCCGAAGCUGAACUUCCAGGUGGAGCUUCUCUUGGACAAGCUCAAGCAGAAGGGCGCCAUCCGCCGAGCGCUGUUCCUCCACAGCCGGUCCCCGGGCCACCCCAAGAACAUGACCGUGUCCCGGGGCGGCCGCAUGCAGUGCGAGGAGCUGGUGGCGUACCUGCGGGACGAGUCCGAGUUCAGAGACAAGCUCACGCCGAUCACCGUGUUCAUGGAGUACCGGCUGGACUACCGCACGGCGGCCGACGCCACCGGCCUGCGGCCCAUCCUCAACCAGUUCACGCCCGCCAACCUCAGCCGGCAGGCUCACAUCCUCCUGGACUGCGGCGAGGACAACGUGUGCCGGCCCAAGCUGGAGGUGUCGGUGGACAGGGACCAGAAGAAGAUCUACGUCGGGGACGACAACCCGCUGACCCUGAUGGUGACGGCGCAGAACCAGGGCGAGGGCGCCUACGAGGCCGAGCUCACCGUGGCCCUGCCCCCCCAGGCCGACUUCAUCGGCGUCGUCCGCAACAGCGAGGCCCUGGCGAGGCUCUCCUGUGCGUUUAAGACGGAGAACCAGACCCGCCAGGUGGUGUGUGACCUGGGGAACCCCAUGAAGGCCGGCACCCAGCUCCGCGCCGGCCUCCGGUUCAGCGUGCACCAGCAGUCGGAGAUGGACACGUCGGUGAAGUUCGACCUGCAGAUCCAGAGCUCCAACCUCUUGGACAAAGUGAGCCCGGUGGUGUCGCACCGUGUGGACCUGGCCGUGCUGGCCGCUGUGGAGAUCCGAGGGGUCUCGAGUCCUGACCAUGUCUUCCUCCCGAUCCCCAACUGGGAGUACAAGGAGCACCCCGAGACUGAGGAGGACGUGGGGCCGGUGAUCCAGCACAUCUACGAGCUGCGGAACAACGGGCCCAGCGCCUUCAGCAAGGCCAUGCUGACGCUGCAGUGGCCGCACAAGUUCCGCAACCGCACGCUGCUGUACGUGCUGCAGUUCGACGUGGACGGGCCCAUGAACUGCACGGCGGACGCCGAGGUCAACCCGCUGCGGAUCAAGGUCUCCAGCGGGCAGCCGGCGGAGAACGACAGCGCGGCCGGGCAGGGCGGGCGCGGCCACCUGGUCACCCGGCGGGACCUCGCCCAGGGCGACGGGGGCGUGCACACGCUGGGCUGCGGGGUGGCAGAGUGCCUGAAGAUCGUCUGCCAGGUGGGGCGCCUGGACCGCGGCAAGAGCGCCAUCCUGUACGUGCGGUCGCUGCUGUGGACCCAGACCUUCAUGGACAAGGAGAACCAGAACCGCUCCUACUCCCUCAAGUCGUCCGCCGCCUUCAGCGUCAUCGAGUUCCCCUACAGGAACCUGCCCAUCGACGACGUCGCCAACUCCACCCUCGUCACCACGGACGUAACCUGGGGCAUCCAGCCGGCACCCAUGCCGGUGCCUGUGUGGGUGAUCAUCUUGGCCGUCCUGGCAGGGCUGCUGCUGCUGGCGGUGCUGGUGUUUGUGAUGCACCGGAUGGGCUUCUUCAAGCGCGUGCGGCCGCCCCAGGAGGAGCCUGAGAGGGAGCAGCUGCAGCCGCACGAGAACGGCGAGGGGAACUCGGAGACCUAGCGGGCGGCGAGCUCGGCCUGUGGCCGGCCCAGUUCCCCCCGCCCGGCGCCCGGGCCUCGCCGCGGGACCAGAGCGGCGGCUGCCGCGUCUCGCCGGCCCCUCCUGGGCGUGGGCGUCCGGCGUCUAAUAACAAUUCCCCGGACGGCCAUCCGUGCGCACAGACUGGCCGCCAGCACUCCCUCCCUGUGACGCGGGGCCGCCGCCCGCGGGGGCUGUGUCUGCGGUGCGCUGGUCCCCUGGCCUGAGGUGGCGGUUGCUCUGAAGCCGUUCCUGCCUGGACCUGAGCUUCCACAGCGUCGGCGCAGGGGCUUGUUAGCACCCGUCACACUACAGGCGCGUCUUCAGCCACUAAAGACCGUGACGCCUCCACCUGUCACCUACGUCAGCAUCCUUCCCUGGGACGGUAGAUAGGGACAGUGGUUUGACUUGCUAUGGAAUUCCGGUACGCGCUGUUCAGUUUUUAUUUAUAUUCAGCCCCCAGUCUGCCGCAUCACGUUUUAGGUAUUUACAGGUCAGCAGUACUUCCCUGCCUCGGCGUCAGCCUGUGCUGGAAACUCCUUCUCGCAUCGGAAACACCUCCGGAGUGGCAGCUCGACCUCAGCGGAGCCUCGCCAUGCUUACGUCCGCGGGGAGCUGGAAACCACCCGUUCCCUGUGUCAGUCUGGCCCAUGCGCGCGCGCACACACACGCACACACACACACACACACACACACACACAGCAGCGUUUUAACUUAAAAGCCACGUCUGUAGUUCUCCAUGGAAUGUCCUUGGGUUAGAUUGUUUCGUUGGGUUAAUUUAUUUUCCUGCUGGGCACGUGCUUUUUCCUCUGUGUCCCCCCUGUCACUGGGGAAGGUCAGAGUCAGGGUCCAGGAGGAGCCUUCACACCGCCAGGCCCCCGGCCUCCCGCCCGGACGGCUCGGCGUGGAGUCUCCGCGGCCAGUCCCCGCCGUGCCCUCCUCAGAGCGAGGUGUGGUGUGUGAGGCCGGCCUCCGCGCGCUCAGUCAUUUUUAAAAGGUACUUUUCUAAGCCAUUGGGGCUCCUGGGAAGAUUUUUGAAGCUUCCUCAGGUUUAUUACCGUCAAUUGCUUUUCUAGGGGUUUUUAUAAAAGCUGCUCGAGCGCGCUCUGCCUGCAGGGGGCUCCCAGCGCUCGGAGCCCGGCGUGCGGUGAGCUCACCGCUAUUUUCGUGCAAUUGCAUCACCUUCGGCACCAGAAACCGAGGGCUCGGAGCUUUCUCACUGCUGUCUUCCUCAGGCAGCGACAAGCACUUCCCUGAAAUAGCUGACUAUUUUCCCGGUCAGAGCCGCUGGGUUUGUCCUGCCGUGACUCGUGUGGUCACGGCCCUGCAGCCGCACGGGAGGCACGGCUGGGCGAGCUACACGGGGUCGGACGGCGGGACCCCGGGUUCGCUUCAGCGCAGUUACAAGAGAACAGCUUGGGUAGAUAGGUGUCAUUAGAGAGCUCGGUCCCCUGCAGCGCGUACUUCAUCACCAACACAUUUGAUGUUUUCAGAGAGAGAGCCGGGUUUCUCCGGGGGCCUGCGCCCUGUCACGCCUUUCCCCGUGUCCCACGCGUGACCGUCACUCCCGAGAUGGCGUGUUGGGCAGAUUCACUCCGUCAGGCCAUGGCCACGUCCUCGAGCGGCCUCUGUCCCGAGGACCCGUCUCGCACCGGAGACGGAAGGCUGCCUCGUUGGAACCAGCGGGAUGUGUCUGAUCGCCUCUGUGAGCUGCGGUCUGAGGCCGGAGCGUUUUCUUCCAAAAAUGAGGAUUUGUGAAUUGUCUCCAAAAAGCACGGAGGAAGCCUAGUGGGAGAGCCUCCUCGGGGAGGGAGACGUUGGGAUUCUUUCCUGUAAGGAGCGGGUCAGAGUGUUUGGUUAAAAUAUAAAACACAACCACCAGCAAAUCCCUAUGAAAACGUUUAAACUUUCAACUGUUUUCAUGGCUAUUGCGUUAUUUAUUGAGAACGACAAUCCAGUUUGAGCAUACCACCCUUGUAAUCUGCUUCAGUUUA